AUGAUACCCACCCGAGCCUUCGUCGCGCCAGCCAGGCAGUGCCUGCGAAAAGCAUAUCAGCAGCCCCGGUGGGCGCCUGCUACCUUACAGCUCCGCCUACGAGGUUAUGCUACCACUGCUGAGAAAGACAAGGUCGCCAAAUUCAAGGGCACCAAAGGCCCAGACGGCAACUAUACUGUCACGUUAAUAGAAGGAGACGGCAUUGGUCCUGAGAUCGCGACAUCCGUCAAGGACAUCUAUGCUGCUGCGAAGGUUCCCAUCAAAUGGGAAUCUGUGGACGUCACCCCAACGCUGAAGGACGGCCGGACUGUCAUCCCAGACAAGGCCAUUGACUCCGUGAGGAAGAAUUACGUCGCUCUAAAGGGCCCGCUCGCUACACCGAUCGGUAAGGGUCACGUCUCGCUCAAUCUUACGCUCCGGCGGACUUUCAAUCUCUUCGCCAACGUACGUCCCUGCCGCAGCAUUGCCGGCUAUAAGACUGCCUACGAUAACGUCGACACUGUCCUGAUCAGAGAAAACACCGAAGGCGAAUACUCGGGCAUCGAGCACGUGGUGGUGGAUGGUGUGGUGCAGUCGAUCAAGCUCAUUACCCGCGCUGCUUCUGAGCGCGUCCUGCGUUACGCCUUCCAGUACGCCCGCGAUGUGAACAAGAAGAAGGUCCGCGUCGUGCACAAGGCCACUAUCAUGAAGAUGUCUGAUGGUCUGUUCCUCAGCACCGCCCGCGAUGUCGCCAAGGAUUUCCCUGACAUUGAAUUCGACGCCGAGCUACUCGACAAUGCCUGCUUGAAGAUCACUACGGACCCCGGCCCAUAUUCGGACAAGGUCCUCGUUAUGCCCAACCUCUACGGUGACAUUCUAUCUGAUAUGUGCGCCGGUUUGAUUGGUGGUCUUGGUCUAACCCCAUCAGGCAAUAUUGGUGACGAGUGUUCUAUCUUCGAGGCCGUCCACGGAUCUGCGCCCGAUAUUGAGGGCAAAGCCCUGGCCAACCCUACUGCACUCCUACUUUCUUCCAUAAUGAUGCUGCGGCACAUGAGUCUCAAUACGGAAGCCGACAGGAUCGAGAAGGCCAUUUUCGCUACCCUGGCCGAAGGCAAGGCACUUACUGGCGACUUGGGUGGUAAGGCCAAGACGCACGAGUACGCUCAAGCCAUCAUCGACCAUCUGUGA